UGUAGGCAAUCGUCAGCGAAUAGUCUCACUUGUGAAGUCAGCUUGUUCGGCAGGUCAUUGAUGUAAGUCAGGAACAGUAGUGGUCCGAGCACAGUUCCUUGCAGAACUCCUGAUGUGACAAGUGCUGGAGAAGAUGACUCCCCGUCGAUGACAACUCGCUGAUGGCAUUCUGGCAGAAAGCCUGAGAUCCAUUAGUGUAAAGGACCCCUGAUUCCUAGGUGAUGAAGUUUGUGCAUGGGACGUUUGUGAGGAACCUUGUCGAAUGCCUUCGUGAAGUCCAGCAUGGCAACGUCAACAGUCUUUUUGUCUACCAGAGCAGAUGCUAAAUCAUUGAUGGUGAGGUUUAGCAGGGUCUCUGUUAAACGCGAGAUCUGAAGCCAUGUUGGUUGUCUGACAAGAUUUCAUUUUGCUCAAAGAAUUUCAUUGUGUGAUUGUGUAUGAUGUGCUUGAGAAUGUUGCAUAUAUGACGACAUGUUAAGGACACUGGACAGUAGUUGGCAGGAUCAGCAUGGUCUCCCUUCUUGAAAAUUGGUGCGCUGUUUCCCUCUUUCCAAUCUUCAGGCACUUCACCGUUGUCAACAGAAGUCUGGAACAUGUCACAAAGUAUUGGAGCAAGGUCUUUUGCAGCCAUUUUCAAGAACCAGGGUGGAAUCCCAUCUGGACCUGUGGCUUUAGAUGCAUCGAUGUCAUUCAGCAGCUUUUUAACUCCCGCAGUAUUGACAUUCAGGAUGCGUCGGUCAUUGAGAAUAAGUAAGGAACUGAGUCAGCUGGAGCGAGAACCACCUCCUGGUGUUUCCUGCUGGAUGAAGAAUGAAAGCACAAACCAGCUGCAAGCACAGAUAAUUGGUGAUGAGAAGACGCCUUAUUCAGAUGGGGUAUUUGACUUGGAAAUCCAGGUACCUGAGAGAUAUCCUAUGGAGCCUCCCAAGGUUCAAUUUCUGACUCCUAUAUAUCAUCCAAAUAUUGACUCAGUUGGUAGAAUCUGUCUGGACCUACUCAAGAUGCCACCUUCGGGUAAUUGGAAGCCUAGUCUGAGCAUUGGUACAUUACUGACGUCCAUCAAACUCUUGAUGUCUCAGCCCAAUCCUGAUGACCCACUCAUGGCGGAUAUUUCUACAGAAUUCCUGACCAAUCGUGUCGUGUUUGAACAGAAGGCCAGAGAGCACACUCAUAAACAUGCUGUGCAGAAGACUACAGCUGUUACGUCUCCAAAACAAGUCAAAGACCAAUCGGAUUCAAAUGAUAGUGACCAAUCAGAGUCAUCCUCUGAUGAAAGUGACCAAUCAGGUUCAUCUUCAGAUGAAAGUCAUUCCCCUGCAGACCAGCUUGCCAUCCAGGAAGGAAUCCCUGUCAGUCAAGCGGGGAAACGACUGUCUGUGGAAGACUUGAAUGCACAACCACAUGCCAAAAAACACAAGGCCCACCAACAAUAAGAAACUUGAAACAACGAUCAGCUCUCUUCUGCAUUGAACCUGCAGUGCAUCUCCGAGGUCAUAAACGACACAUUGGUGUACAUGUAUAUGGCAAGUGGCUCAUAGUGUUUGUCAAGGCUGGUGGGUGAUAUUCAAAUUUGAAUGUGACGCAAUCUGACAGGAAACAUUUGCAGCCAAAUCAACCAAUUGUGAGAUUUGUUCAAUAAGUGCAAGUUUUUGCAGAGGUUAUACAUGUAUAAACUAUUUUACAAAGUUGCACUAACUGAACUUGAAUAUUCAAGUUCGUGGAAUGACACCAUGCAAAUUAUGGACACUAUCAUUUGAUGCAUUUUUCCACAACCACAUCUAGCAUUACAGAUUCAAAGGGCACCCUCAUAAGAUUCUGAGAGAGCACAGUACACUUAACUUUAUGCAACAAAUGACUUGCCGCUGUGCCAAAAUUAAUCCAAGCACUGACGCAUGGUAGAAUAACCACAGUGCAAUGUCAACAAUAACUCGCAGUCCAAUGCAACCACAACAAAAGUCAUGCAUCUUGUCAUUCAUUGAUUUGUGCUUUUUAUAACAGCAUGACAUUGUUUUACAACAAAGUUACAUAUGUAUGAAUUGUCCUUAAGAAUCAGAAGUGUUACUUGUAGACAUACCAGAAUAUUGAAGGUCUUGAACUUGAA